CGAGCAGGUAGUCAGUUCUACUCCACAUCUCAUCGCGUCAACUACUCGCGUUCUCGCUCUCUCUCCUCGACACCAUGAAGGCCGUGAUUCUCGUAUGUCUUGUGGGCGUGGCCAUGUGCGCCCCUCAGCUGCAGCAGAGGGUGGAGCUCAUUGAGGAGCCUCUGGACACCCCCGACCCCUACGCCUUCAGCCUGAACAUCGCCGACGACGAGACCACCAACUACCACACCCGCAGCGAGACCCAGGACGAGAACGGCGUCGUCAGAGGCAGCUUCUCCUACGUCGCCCCCAACGGCGUCCGCUACAUCACCACCUACAGCGCCGACCCCAUCAACGGCUACCAGGCUAACACCGUCGAGGAGCAGACCAACAUCGUGAUCGUGACCCCCAAGCCCUUCGACCAGAAGCAGCAGCAGGUCGGCGUCCGCUUCUAAACUACCCGAUUCUAUGCCGCCUUCUUUCGAGAAAUUCAUCCUCUCCUUUACCGCUUUCCUUCGAUAAUCUUUAUCUUAUUCUUCGUUUCAUCGAAGUGAAAUCCCAAAAUUGAUACAUCUUUUUUCUCUCUCCCUUUCUCAUCAUUCUUUUAUUUUUUGUUUUUGUUUUUGUUCUCUUGCGCAAUUUCAUUUUCUAGAUUCAAAAAAAGGAAACCAUUUUUUUUCUCUCUCUUUUUUUUCUUUGUUUUUUCUUCCGUGCCAUAUUCCAGUGACUGCCUCAUUUUAAGGAUCUGUUACGCAUCCAUUUAUUUCCUUAAGCAUAAGCUAGUUGGAAGAAAGUCGCUCUGUCUUUCCUUAAACUUUUUGCCCAAUGUAUAUAGUGUACAUAGACAGCUUGUGACGUCAUAACUGAAACUUCAUUAGCGCAAUUGCUUACUUUUGUUUUCUUUCUUUUUGACUUAAGUAAUGAGUUCCUUCACUAUUGAUAUCUUAAAUUCAUUUGCAUAUUUUUUUCCUAUUUGGUUUUCUCUCUGCUGUUUUUACAUCCUUUAUUGUUAACAGUGUUAUUGUCAUGAAAUCUUUGGCUUUUUUAUCAAUAACAUCAUCAUAAGGACGUAUAUUACCAUGAUUUUUGGGUUAUUAUCAUCAAUAUUUCUAUUAUCUUGAUACCAUGAGCGUUAUCAAAUGGAAUUUUCAUGAAUCUUGGUCAUUAUAUAAUCAAUAUUAUCAUUAUUGGUAUAGUUUUUAUCUCUAUUAUUAUUUCUAUCAUUCCUAUUUUCUAUAUUAUUAUUAUUAUUGCUAUCAUAGUUAUGAUACAUAUUGGUUUUUGAUAUCAUUAUUAUUGUUAUUAUUAUUAUUACCGCCGCUGUUUCUGCAAUCAUCAUUAUCUUCCCCAUCAUUUCGUCUCUUCAUCAUUACUACCUCUCUCAUAUUUCCCUCUCUAUUUGUUUGCUAUUCCUACUAAAAUUUCGUUGAUCUUUCCAACUGUCUCAAGGGUUUGUUUAUGUUGCCAGCCUUAAAUUCAUGUUGAGUUAGUACAAAUAUACUAUGGCCUGCAAA